CAACAUGUAGCCUUGCACUCAGCCUCGCCUAGAGUCUUGUCUCGCUAACGAUAUUCCAUAUUGCAGUGUUUGAUAAAGAGUGUACAAUCUCAAUAAUAUUUUCCUAUUCAUUCUAUAUCUAUAGCCAAAACAUGAGAUGCCUCGGAACUGGGAGUCACUGGCUGAGCCUUCUAGUGAACCCUCACUUCAUCGAUUCGACGGCAAUAUUUCCCGAGGUUUACCCGUCACGACGCGUCAACAUACUCUGUACACCACAUCACGUGUGAUGAUAUCAAAGUCAUCUUGAACAUGGACCACAACUUUCACCAAGGAUAGGUAUACAACUCAACAUAAGGGACUUCAUAUACGGUGCUACGACUUCGUGUCAACCGCCACACGAGCUCCAUCACAAAGCCUCAUGGCUCGCUCACCAACUUCACUAUCAAGACCCACCACGCCUCUUCGUCCAUCAUCUCGAUCAUCCUUCCGCGCUUCCCAACAGCAGUCCUCCAGCAACGCCCUCGCAGGUUCUUACCACGACCACUCAGUGCUCGAUGUCUUGGAACCCCAGUUUGCUGAAUUGGCAGAUUCCAUGGCCGACCUUGAGGCAAAUUUGAUGCACUUGCAGUUAAUGCAUGAAAGUCUAAGUCGCUUCAGCGAGAGCUUUGCCAGCUUCCUUUACGGUUUGAACAUGAACGCAUUUGUGGUGGAUUUCCCAGAGGCCCCAAUCCCCGAGUCGAUUGCCCGCUUUCAGAAGCGACAUCGCAGUGGUCAGGCAACUGGGGCAAUGGAUGCCGACGACUCAGUGCUGGGAAAGUUGGGACGCGCACCACUAGAUCCAGAUGCCACCAUUAUGAUGGCGGGGGACACCAGUUCUGUCAGUUUAAAAGCCACACCUAGAAGAAAUACGAGGAACACUCCCGCUGUCACUCCUGGCACAUCAUCGACCCUCAUGGGCCCGCCUAGGUCGGAGUCGUCCACUCGAGCCAGUGGCAUUGCUAGGGGACGGUCGACAGGAGCAGCACGUGGUAGAGGAGGAAGUGGCUUGCCGAGGGGAAGAGGCAGGGGUGUGAGAUAGGCUAUUAUCAAAGUUUCUAUUCUGAACAAUGCAUGUGAUGCGACCAGGUAAUACGGUAGCCACAAUG